CCACCUGCCCCCGAGCAGCAGGGAGCAUCGGCGCCUGCGCUGCGUCGCCAUGGAUGGCCCGCCCCGAGUAGCAGCCAGCAGCCAACGACGUGAGGCUGGGAGUUCCUCUCCUCCCCGGAUCCCGGUGACGGCGAGAUCCAGCAGAUGUAGACCAACCGGCGGUUGUCGUCGCCACGGCACGCGGCCCUCCAUGGGCUUGUGCUUCCGCUCGCCUGGCGACGUGGUUCCCAGUGACUUACCAAACGGCUGCUUCGAUCUGUGCCCCGAUGACAUGCCUAGUGCCCCAAGAAGGGACGUGCUGGAGUCCUCGUCCACUGCAUCUAGUAAUUACAGGCCGCAGCAUGGGAAGAUAGAGAAUCUCUGCCAACAUUUCUGCUCAGACUGCGUACAACUACAAAGUGUUGCAGUACCCAGAUCAGAAGCCUCUGCAUCCUGAAACGGCACCUUCGCCACUUGCAGAUCCAGAACAAGUAUUUACAGGGUAGUUUUAGUUGGCAUCUAUAGUAGUUUUAGUUGCACACAUAGUUGUUUUUCGUUGGACAUGAUUAUUGGAAAGUUGCACAUACGGUGAUCAUUUUU